AUGCGCGUACGAGCGCACUUGCGUAGCCCCCUCAUCUCCCUCCAUUGCCAGCCUAGCUACCAGAGGGGCAAAAAGUCCGCCGCCCACUUUUUGCUUCCUCUCCAGCAGUCAUGUUACUGCGCAUUCCAGGAGGCACAAGCGGCUGUCCUCUUUGAUGUCUCUAACAGUUGCGAGCGUGAUUACCUCCCAGGCAAGGGCAGUGGCCGUUCAGCCGUGAACUUUAUCUUUUUCUUCCCUCUCUUCACUAAUAUUGUACCUCACGUUCUCACCACCACUAAUUUUGCUGUCAAAACGUCCUCUGGUGCCAGAGUAACCCCACUUUCGCUCAAGAUUCCCAGAACAGCAGUUUUGCACUGCGCUGAAGGCUAG